AUGGGCAGGGCACAUCGCUCGGAGAACCGCUGGACUUUGGGUCUUAAGGUGCUGGAAUGGCGACCAGUAAACGCAGCGAAAGUCGGAUCCCAACGAGGUGGAGAGAUGACAUCAGGCGAGUCGUUACGAGCGGCUGGAGGUAAUUUCUCGAACAUAAUCGGUUUGAUGUUGGUUACAUACCAUGUUUUUUACGAGCCUCAUGGUAGAGUGACGUACGCCAAUACAGAUUCCAUAGCACUAUACUUCGUUAUUGGGACUUGUUUGUUCAACCUAAGUUCUCUUGCAGUGGUUCUCUCUCUAGAUAGAGCACUAAAGAAACCUAAGGUGUUAACAAAACGCUACGGUUUAAUCAACGUCUGUAUGAUCACGACAACCACUUUUCUGACUGUAUUCGGGGUGUUGGGGUAUUGGUCUUUUGGUACUAUGGAAGAAAACGUUUUGAGAUCUCUCCCUUUUGACGACAACUCAGCUAUGUUAGCUAUAGCCUUAUAUUUAGUGGCAAUUGCAUUCGCAUACCCUAUCCAGUGCUACCCAGCCAUACAGAUCAUAUUGGAGAUAUUACGAAACAGGAAAGAAACUCUAUCGCCCAAAAAUAUGGCUAUCAUCGAAAAAGUAGCAAGACCUAUUUUCGUGACAACUUCUUUUUUAAUAUGUUACGUUGUGCCGAUUCAAGGAGCUUUUGUUGCGUUCGUCGGCAACCUCUGCACAACACUGAUUGCUCUAGUGUUCCCCGCUUUGAUGGAGAUCUGCCUUUUGUAUCCAAAUAAUUACGGAAAAUAUCAUUUUUACUUGAUAAAAGACCUGAUCGUUCUUGGAUUUGGACUUUCGUGUGCGAUCCUUGGUGUAGCACUUUGCACUUACCUUAUCUAUGUAAGAAUUCUCUGUCUGCAUUCACCAAAUGAUGAUUCGAUAUGAUUAUACUAAUUGGUA